AUGGGUGGCAAGUGACUCCUCCACACACAGAGGGAUUAGUGAGAGCACGCUAUCAUCCCAUUAAAUACUAUUCAAUUAAGGUCAAUCACACAUUUAAAGCUGCCUUUAUUGCACCAGGUCACCAAAUGGUGAUCAGUAUAAGGUUUUUAAAAUGGGGAACUUAGGAAAUACGUUUUUCCAUAUUAAAGCAUCAUAACAUCAACGUGGAAUAAGACAUGAAAACGAGCUCCAUUGCUGUUCUACUUAUUUAUAGGCCUACAUAUAUUACACUAGUUUUAAAAGCUUUUGAUUACAGAAAUAUUUGUUAUUACUUAAGCUAAAUAUUAUGAAUUGAUAUCAUAUCCUUAAAUUCCACAAAAUAAAUCUUACAGGUUUAUUUCGUUUCACAAUUGAUGUUCCAGCAAUUUGCCACUGAAGCACUUUUGACGAAAUUCACAAAAAAAUCCACCUUAAAUAUCUGCCUCAUGAGACCAUUGUGGCUGACAUCUUAUUUCUCAGUGAAACAUACCUGUGAGGUUAAUGCUGUGUCACAUCAAAGGCAUUCUCUCUGAUGGAAUAGGUGUGUGUGUGUUGGUGUGUGUGUGUGUUGGUGUGUGUGUGUGUGUAGGCCCCCCCAGCCCCCCUCUGUCAUCGAACCCACCACCUUAUUUGUAAGAAGGUUAUUUUGCCUGCACAAUAAUACACUGUGGGAAUCCCUGGAUUUGCUAUUGUUAACAUCCCUACGUAGCCUACUGUACAUUUCUGGUAGCAGAAUUGUUUCUAUACUGGACAAAAAUAUAAGCGCAACAUGCAACAAUUUCAAUGAUUUUACUGAGUUACAGUUCAUAUAAGGAAAUCAGUCAAUUGAAAUAAAUAAAUUAGGCCCUAAUCUAUGGAUUUCACAUGACUGGGCAGGGGCACAGCCAUGGGUGGGCCUGGGCCCACCGACUUGGCCCAUCGACUUGGGAGCCAGGCCCACCCACUGGGGAGCCAGGCCCAGCCAAUAAGAAUGAGUUUCUCCCCACAAAAGGGCUUUAUUACAGACAGAAAUACCCCUCAGUUUCAUCAGCCAUCCUGGUGGCUGGUCUCAGACAAUCCCGCAGAUGAAGAAGCCGGAUGUAGAGGUCCUGGGAUGGCAUGGUUACACAUGGUCUGCAGUUGUGAGACCGGUUGGACGUACUGCCAAAUUCUCUAAAACAACAUUUGAGGCGGCUUAUGGUAGAGAACUUAACUUUAAAUUCUCUGGCAACAGCUCUGGUGGACAUUCCUGCGGUCAGCAUGGCAAUUGCAUGCUCCCUCAAAACUUGAGAUGUCUGUGGCAUUGUGUUGUGUAACAAAACUCACAUUUUAGAGUGGCGUUUUACUGUCCCCAUGCAGCACAAGGUGCAUCUGUGUAAUGAUCAUGCUGUUUAAUCAGUUUCUUUAUAUGCCACACCUGUCAGGUGGAUGGAUUAUCUUGGCAAAGGAGAAAUACUCACUAACAGAGAUGUAAACAAAUUUGUGCACAAAACUUGAGAGAAAUAAGCUUUCUGUCUGUAUGGAACAUUUCGGAGAUCAUUUAUUUCAGCUCAUGAAACAUGGGACCAACACUUUACAUGUUAGAGCGUCUGCUAAAUGACUAAAAUGUAAAUGUUGCGUUUAUAUUUUUGUUCAGUAUACGCUACCGGUCAAACGUUUCUUUAUUUUUACUAUUUUCUACAUUGUAGAAUAAUAGUGAAGACAUCACAUCUAUGAAAUAACACAUAUGGAAUCAUGUAGUAACCCAAAAAGUGUUAAACAAAUCAAAAUAUAUUUUAUAUUUGAGAUUCUUCAAAUAGCCACCCUUUGCCUUGAUGACAGCUUUGCACAGUCUUGGCAUUCUCUCAACCAGCUUCACCUGGAAUGCUUUUCCAACAGUCUUGAAGGAGUUCCCACAUAUGCUGAGCACUUGUUGGCUGCUUUUCCUUCACUCUGCGGUCCGACUCAUCCCAAACCAUCUCAAUUGGGUUGAGGUUGGGGGAUUGUGGAGGCCAGGUCCUCUGAUUUACAUUUUCAUUUUAGUCAUUUAGCAGACGCUCUUAUCCAGAGCGACUUACAGUUAGUGCAUACAUUUUCAUACUGGCCCCCCGUGGGAAACAAAUCCACAACCCUGGCGUUGCAAGCGCCAUGCUCUACCAACUGAGCUACAGGGGACUGUAGCUCUGAUGCAGCACUCCAUCACUCUCCUUCUUGGUAAAAUUGCCCUUACACAGCCUGGAGGUGUGUUGGGUCAUUGUCCUGUUGAAAAACAAAUGAUAGUCCCACUAAGCCAGAUGGGAUGGUGUAUCGCUGCAGAAUGCUGUGAAUUCUCAAUAAAUCACAUUGUAAUAAUAAUAAUAAUAAUACAUUGUCACCUGCAAAGCACCCCCACACCAUAACAUUUCCUCCUCCAUGCUUUACGGUGGGAAAUACACAUGCGGAGAUCAUCUGUUCACCUACACCGCGUCUCACAAAGACAUGGCGGUUGGAACCAAAAAUCUCCAAUUUGGACUCCAGACCAAAGGACACAUUUCCACCGGUCUAAUGUCCAUUGCUCGUGUUUCUUGGCCCAAGCAAGUCUCUUCUUCUUAUUGGUGUCCUUUAGUAGUGGUUUAUUUGCAGCAAUUCGACCAUGAAGGCCUGAUUCACACAGUCUCCUCUGAACUAUUGAUGUUGAGAUGUCUCUGUGACUUGAACUCUGUGAAGCAUUUAUUUGGGCUGCAAUUUCUGAUAAUUAUAAUGAACGUAUCCUCUGCAGCAGAGGUAAGUCUGGGUCUUCCAUUCCUGUGGUGGUCCUCAUGAGAGCCAGUUUCAUCAUUGCGCUUGAUGGUUUUUGUGACUGCACUUGAAUAAACUUUCAAAGUUCUUGAAAUGUUCCGUAUUGACUGAUCUUCAUGUCUUAAAGUCAUGAUGGACUCUUUGCUUAUUUGAGCUGUACUUGCCAUAAUAUGGACUUGGUCUUUUACCAAAUAGGGCUAUCUUCUGUAUAGCGCAUAGAAUUAAAAAGGUAUUGUCGGACAUUAUUCAUUCUAAUCAGACAGGUUUUUUACAUGGAAGAUACAUUGGAGAUAAUAUAAGGCAAGUACUGGAAACAAUAGAACACUAUGAAACAUCUGGGAAACCAGGCCUGCUAUUCAUAGCAGACUUCGAAAAGGCAUUUGAUGAAGUACGACUGGGGUUUAUAUAUAAAUGCCUGGAGCAUUUCAAUUUUGGAGAAUCUCUUAUAAAUUGGGUUAAAAUCAUGUAUAGAAACCCUAGGUGUAAAAUAGUAAAUAAUGGCUAUUUCUCCGAACGUUUUAAACUGUCAAGAGGAGUGAAACAAGGUUGUCCACUAUUGGCAUAUCUAUUCAUUAUGGCCAUCGAUGUUAGCUAUUAAAAUCAGAUCCAACAAUAAUAUCAAGGGAUUAGAAAUCCAGGGCUUAAAAACAAAGGUGUCAUUGUACGCUGAUGAUUCAUGUUUUCUUUUAAAUCCACAACGAAUCCCUCCACAGCCUCAUAGAGGAUCUAGAUACAUUUUCUAACCUCUCUGGAUUACAACCAAAUUAUGAUAAAUGCACUAUAUUAUGUAUUGGAUCACAAAAAAAAUACAAUUGUAGUUUACCAAUAAAAUGGUCUGAUGGUGAUGUGGAUAUACUUGGAAUACAUAUCCCAAAUGAAAUAAAUGAUCUCACUCCAAUAAAUUUAAAUAGAAAGUUAGCAAAAAUAGAUAAGAUCUAGCUACCAUGGAAAGGUAAAUACCUGUCAAUUUGUGGAAAAAUCUCCCUGAUUAACUCUUUAGUAUUAUCCCAGUUUACCUAUUUGCUUAUGGUCUUGCCUACGCUUAGCGAACAGUUUUUUAAAUUCUAUGAGAAAAAAAUAUUCUAUUUUAUUUGGAACGGCAAGCCAGACAAAAUUAAAUGGGCCUAUUUAUAUAAUGAAUAUGAAUUCGGAGGACAGAAAUUAUUAAAUAUUAAAGCAUUAGACCUAUCACUAAAAGCUUCAGUCAUACAAAAGUUAUACUUAAAUCCGAACUUGUUCUCUAGCAAAUUAGUAAGAUUGUCUCACCCAAUGUUCAAGAAUGGCCUUUUUCCCUUUAUUCAGAUUACAACCUCUCACUUUCAGUUAUUUGAAAAGAAAUCAUCUCCCAAAUAUCACUAUUUCUAAAACAAGCCAUAGAAAGUUGGUUGUAAUUUCAAUUUAAUCCUCCAGAAACGGCAGAACAAAUAACGCAACAAAUAUUGUGGUUAAACUGAAAUAUACUAAUUGAUAAAAAAACAUUAUUUUUUGACAAAACGUUUAAAAAAGGUAUAAUCUUCGUAAAUGAUAUCAUAGGUAGGACUGGUGGAGUUAUGUCGCACAUGCUGCUAAAAAAAAAACAUAUGGAAAUGUCUGCUCUACCCAAAAUUACAAUCAAAUAAUUGCAGCAUUACCGCAAAAAUAGAAGAGGAAAGUGGAAGGGGGAAAAAGUAAGGGACUUGUCUGUCGGCCCUGCAUUAAAGAACAUAAUUGGUUAAAGAAAAUUGUGAGAAAUAAAAAAGUAUACCAGUUUCAUUUAAGGACCAAUGGAUUGACAGCCGUCCCAUAUAGAUUGCAAAAUAGUUGGGAAGAGAUUUUUGACGUACCGAUUCCAUGGCAUAGUGUUUAUGAACUGAUACGCAAAACGACACCGGAUUGAAAACUUAGAAUUUUUGAAUUUAAAUUAUGAUAUAAAAUUAUUGCUACCAAUAGAAUGUUAUUUAUAUGGGGGAUACAAUCUUCCCAGAUCUGUAGAUUUUGCUGUGAAGAGACAGAAUCAUUAGAUCAUUUGUUUUGGUACUGUCCAUUUAUAGCUUGUUUUUGGACACAGGUCCAGGAAUGGCUGAAGGAUUGCAAUAUUUACCUGGAACUAACCCUGCAGAUAGCACUACUGGGUGAUCUGAAAAGUCAUAGUCAAUCGAUCAAUAAUAUAAUAAUACUUUUAGCAAAAAUGUUUAUUUUCAAUUUACAAUCUGUAGAAACAAUGAGAAUAGAACGGUUCAGAACUUUUGUGAAACAUCAAAGUACAGUUGAAAAAUAUAUGGCAAAUAUAAAUCCAAUAUGGAUGGUGUUAAGAGAUAGAAGGGAGGUGUUGAAUGGAGCUGAAGGAUGGGACUAAUAACAACUAACAACAACUAAUAACAACAAGAUAACUAAUGUAAAGCAUACUGUGUCCAUAAUAAGUAUAUUUGGUUAUAGGUUGAGAGCUUUUGUGAAAGAGCACAGUUAGAAAGAUUUGGCAUAUAGAAGCAAACCGAAUGGACAUCAUUAAAAUGAUCAGAGAGGUUGAGGGUAGAGGAAGUUCAGGAGUAAAAACAAACAAAAUAUAAUUAUUGUAAAAUUGACUGUGUCCAUAAAAUGUAUAUAGUAUGUAUAAGCUGUAAGUAGAGGCCUAAGCAUUGUUGUUCACUAGUUUACUCCAAUUAGGGAAGGGGUGGUGGGGUUGGAAAGUAAUAAAGGGAAAUAUAUAUAUUUUAAAGAUAUGUAUAUGUAUGUAUAUGUAUGUUUAUGUAGAUUAGGUAUAUGUAUAUGUGUAUAUGAUGAUCUAGCAAGGUAAACAGAUGCUCUGGAUUACACCAUGUGAUACAGUCAGGUGAACAAAAGAGUUUGGCAGACAGAUCCCAAAUAUCCUACAACAACAAUAAUAACAGCAAUACCUCUGUGUAGCUUCUUGGUUAGCAACAAGUCCCUGUCCACCUCACUGACUAUUAAAGUGAUUAUGAGGACCUUUUUUUAUUUGUUUUAUUUUUUAUUAGGGGGUAGAUCAGCUUUAAUAUUGCAGAUAGAUUGUAACUUCCAUCAAUGUAAUUGUCUGCAUCACUUCCAAUCCCCCAUAUGUUUUUUCUUUUCUUCUCACUAAUAUAUAUAUGCCAAACUCUUUUGUUCACCUGACUGUAUCACAUGGUGUAAUUCAGAGCAUCUGUUUACCUUGCUAGAUCAUCAGUUCAGUGCACCUGACUUCAUAAACAUUAGCAUCAUGCGGUAUAGGAUUCACACAUACAUUUAAACCACAAACUCCAUGGGGGUUGUUUUACAAUAGAGAAGGUUGGUGGAGCAUUUUGAUGGUUUUGUUUAGUAGACAUCAAGGAACCAGAGUUACUUUAGUGCUCUGUGCUUCACUCAUUAUUUGCUUUAUAUCUCAAUUUCCGUUUUUGAUGGAUAAAAAUGAAGCCAAGAUUUUUAAUGACAUUUGAGAGAUUUUCAAUGAAAUUUGAGAGAUUUCUAAUGACAUUUGAGAGAUUUCUAAUGACAUUUGUCGGACCUUGAUAAUGUACCUGAUUUCCUGCAUAGUGGUUAUGUUAUCUUUGCAAAGGUCAAACCAUUGGUGAGCUUCAUUUAUCAUAUGGUUUUGGAUAUGAAAAACAGAGAGGUAUAUGUUACUUAGGAUGCACAGCAGUUUUGAAGCAAGCAGGGAUGUCUGAAUCGUCUCUCUUGAACUAAUGAAAUCCUUUGCUGUUCAUUUGAGUUCACUUGGCUUAACCCUCCCGUUGUCCUAGGGUCAAAAUGACCCUCCACUGUGUUGAACAAACUUUAUUUAAUUUUUAUAUUUUGGGGAUCAUUUGUGAGAAGGAGGCAGUGAGACUUUAAAGAAAGUAUCACUGCCUCCUUCUCACAAAUGAUCCAAAAAAUAUAAAAAAUUAAAUAAAGUUUGUUCAACACAGUGGCGGGUCAUUUUGACCCUAGGACAACGGGAGGGUUAAAUGUUUGAAUUUUAAAGAAUUUUAAACAACUUUUGCAACUGAAGCUUACACACAACACAUCCAUAGUACAUCCUCCUCUAGUGCAGAGGAUGUAUCAAAGAGCCUGAAUUAAACAAAAGUAUUUAUUGUUGCCAGAGAUGUUGUGUUGCCGUUAUGGUUUUAUUUGAACAUGUCAUGUGGUUUUACAUUCAAGGUUUAUUUUUUAUCUGGAGAAAGCCAAUCAACAGAAGAUGAACAUGGUUGGCCAUAAGCAAUUUCCAAUCAAUAUUCACUCUUUGGGUUCUUCGAGUCAGAGGGGCAGUAUGGUUUUGUUCCAUAAUCCUUUUAAAGGGGAAUCCACAAAAUGCAGUCGACCCCGCUCUCUCUCUUCUCUCCCUCUUUUCUUUGUCACACUCCCCUCUCUCCCUCUGUCUCUCACCUCCAUUCCGACUAUAGGUCCCUCUCCUCUGAGCUCUCUAUAUCUCUCUCUCCUCUAACGAGUCCCUUGCUCAGAGCCACGGACAGAGAGAAGCUCUUCUCUCUUCUAGAGAGGCUCUUCGAGGUCUCGCAGAGGCGAGAGAUAGCGGAUCGAAUCUCGCUCGACAUUCUCUCUCUCUCCUCUCUCUCUCUCUAUCUCUCCUUCUCUCUCUCUAUCGCUCUCUCUCUCUCUCUCUCGCUCUCUCUCUCUACCCCUCCUGUCGUUUUUCGCUGACACACAACUUGCCUGCAUCAGCCUGCCCUGCUUGUGGUAAAGCCCUUGAAGGCCUACGUCAUACAUCAAAGCUGGCAUUCGUCUUCAUGCUCUUUUACGGCUACUUGUCUACUGACAUGUUUGAAAGGCAUGUAUCUGCAGGGUUUGGAUGGCUAUAAACAUUCUGAUGGAGAAACAACCCCAUUUGUUCAGCAGUCUGUUUUCUGGUACAUGACUGUUCCAAGCCCAUCCAACAUGUGUCAGGAAUAGGGAUGAUAUUAAGUCCCAAGGCGGUGAUCAGAGGUACUACAAAACAGCCUCUGAGGAGCAGAACCUCCAAGGUGUCAUGUCAUGGGUUAAAUGGCUGCUUGAUCUGGGUUAACCCUUGAGGACUAACACCUCAUAGGGCAUGCAGAGAGGCUGGUGUCGGAAACCUUACUAUUAGCCAGGCAUACUGUAGCAUUGCUCUUAAAAGGUGGAUAAAGGAAAGAAAUCUCGCAUAGGAAAGAUAUUUAUAGGCGGUGUAUUAAACUGCAUGUGUGCUUUAAACACAUACAUCUCAAAUUCUAAGGGAUAACAUAGUUGUGUGUGACUUCUUGGUUGAAAUUGAAGGCACGGUCUAGCCACGUUACCUAACAAUUAACGCAAAACUCCAACUAAUUUCUCCACAAUCAUGAGCCAAACCAAUGCGGAGAGGCACUGUCAGUAAGCAAAUAAACACAAUGUCAUUUUCUGCAUUGGAUCUGUUUUACAAUGCUCUGCAGCGUCGGAUAAUCGUUUCAGAUGCUUUCUUUGCUCUCUCACCUCUAAUCUACUAAAUUGUAAUAUUUUUGUAAGACAGCGGUGAGUAACUAAGGAAUGCUCAUCAAGGCUUUGGUUGAAUUUAUUCCUGGCCUGGAGAGCCCUAAAGUCUAUGUAAUCUAUCCUCCAGUAGCACUGACUGACUAUGUUUGUGUGUGUGUAUGUGUGUAUGUAUGUGUGUGUGUGUGUGUGUAUGUGUGUGUGUGUGUGUGUGUGUGUGUGUGUCUUUACCUCCCGAUCCAUAGGGCCCUGUCUUCUGUGGUGGCGUUGGGUGCCAACAUCAUCUGCAACAAGAUCCCUGGGCUGGCCCCUCGCCAGAGGGCCAUCUGCCAGAGCCGCCCGGACGCCAUCAUCGUGGUGGGGGAGGGCGCCCAGCUGGGCAUCAAUGAGUGUCAGUACCAGUUCCGCUAUGGCCGCUGGAAUUGCUCCGCCCUUGGGGAGAGGACUGUCUUUGGACAGGAGCUGCGAGUAGGUCAGUCUGGGCACCUUGGGCCUGUCUUGGCUGGGGGGUAUUCGGCUUUGGAGGGGGAGAUCAUUGUCUGCUGCACUAUGGGCUGACGCUGUAAUGUCCUCAACUAUGUAUGUCAGAUUCAGAUUCCGAGUGUUUAAUAGUCACAUGUACAGGGUUGCAGGUGUGAUUGCAGGGUACAGUGAAAAUCUUAGGCUCUGAGCUCCAACAUGCAGGACUAAGUUAAAUAAAACAAUUUAAAUGAUAAUAAAAAACAACAACAAUAGAAAUAGCACUACAUACAUCAUAACUGUAGCAGUGAUGAAUAAAUACAUGUCAGUUGGGGUGGAGGCAGAGUAAAGACUGUUGAGGGGGGGGGGGGGGGUGACCAUAGGGGGAGCAGCAUGACCAUUGAGGGGAUUUGGGGACUAUACAAAUUACAAUAAUACUAAAAUAAGUUUGCUACAUUUGUGGGGAGGCAUAAGGCUGACAUUUGAAGAGUUACUUCAAAUCUUAUUUGCAGGGAGGACUGCAUUGCAAUCAGGGUGCGAAAUUAACACCAGCCACCAGCCAAAUGUUUGUUGAUUUUGGCAUUGGCUGGUAGAAUGUCUAUUUCACCAGCCACAUUAGCGAGUGGUCACACAGAGCAUUUGGGAGCAGUACAUCUUUUUUAAAAUCCAAAUCCCACAUGUAAAAAAGCAACAACAACAUGUGUGUGUGUGUGGGUGUCAACUCUGAAAGAGAGAAUCUCAACACUACAGUGGUGAAAGUGGGGUGGGGUACAGUGUUUUCUGUUAUUUAUCUGGUAAACAAAUUGAGUGGCUGGUAAAAAUUAGGGCAUCCACUAGUGGCUGGUGGACCAAAAAGUUAAUUUCCCACCCUGAUUGCAAUGGUAGUCAUCGGUCAUUGUUUCUGACAAAGUAUUGAAGCCGUGAUGGAAAAGAGGUUACAUUUCGAAUGGUAGCCUUCUCUAAAUGGUAGCCUUAGAGUAGAACUCAAUACACUACCAAGCCCCGACACCCCUAGCCUUGUGAAAAAUGGCUCUUCACAUGCCAAACCCAAGCUGUACACAUCAGAGUCAAACUUUAACCAACUGCGCACAACUCUAUUGUAUAACCAUACAUAUUGGCAAUGGUUGCUUAGUGCACUCAACUCAAACUCAAGACGUCUUCAUUAUGUUACCAUUCCAACAUAUUCCAGUCCGGUGUGUCCUCAUCUCAGUUCACACUGUUACUUUUCUGCAGCAUGGCUUGGUUUCUGUUGAUGUAAGAUUUGCAUUGAACUUCUGGUUAAAAGUAUGCCGUACAUUGCUGGCUGCACCAAAGUUAUGGAAAGGUUACCAGAAGCACUAAAGUCUAAUGGGGAAAAAGUAUGGUUGAAAAAUGAUAUAGCAAAUGAGGAGACAACCAAUGGUAUUAUUGUAGAGAACGUUGUUGAACCAAAAUACUGUAGAUGGCCACAUCUGUUGUUCAUCUUAGGAAACUGGUUGUGUCCAUUGCUUGGUUCGUGUGUGUGUGUGUGUGUGUGUGUGUGUGUGUGUGUGUGUGUGUGUGUGUACAUACAGCCAGAACAAGCUACAAACAGACAAACAUUUACAUUUACUGUGUUUUUGUUCGAAACGGCAUUCCGCAGUCCUCUUUUGCAUGGCUUUUUUUUACAGGGACUUUUAUACAUUUCCUUUCAUUUAGAAAUGUUUUGUUGCUGUUAAAGUGCGGUUUGACUUUGCAUUUAAUCCAAUAGCUCUGUUAACAAUCACUGCUAUUUAGGAGCGGCUGACUUAGCUCCAACCCCUCGAAAAGCAUUUUUCUUUGUUGUAAAUCUGGUGCUUUAGUAAUGGAUCUCGUCGCAUUUUCUUCUGUAUUCAGCAUCUCUUUUGCCCUCCUUUUUCAUCUUUUCUUUUUUGCCAAGCUUCAGAGAGACUUGAACUGAACAGUACCGCAGGAUAUACCUUUCUUAUCACUGAGAAAAUGAGCAGGCUACAGCAUGUCUCCGAUUACUGGAUCUUCUUUUCUGUAGUCCCUGAAAAACUAUACUGCUUAUGUUUUUAGACAAAUUUGUAUGACUUCUUCUAAUUAUUUGACUCAUGAACCCGGCCACGUCUAUAGUCAAAUCCUUAACUCAGUUAGUUAGUUGUGUACUUUAACUUUAGUGGGAUGUUUCACUCCAUCCUACACCCAGAGAGAGAGAGAGAGAGAGAGAGAGAGAGAGAGAGAGAGAGGAGAGAGAGAGAGAGAGAGAGAGAGAGAGAGAGAGGGAGAGCGAGAGAGGCGAGAGAGAGAGGAGAGAGAGAGGAGAGAGAGAGAGAGAGAGAGGAGACCGGCAGGAGAGAGAGAGAGCGAGAGAGAGGAGAGAGAGAGAGAGGAGAGAGAGAGAGAGAGAGAGAAAAGAACCUCUGCUCUAGUGGAGGCAGAGAUGAGACAGGUUCCUUGUUCUCUACAGUACUGCCAUACUGUCCACUAUGAUAAUCAGUGGCAGUGAAACCAGGGAUGUUUCACUACACUCUCAGAACUAGAGCCAGACGAUGGGUACUGGUACUGUACAAUAUGACUCAUAAUGGUUAGUGAUUGGCUGCUACCAGGGCCUCCAUGGGCCAAAUACCUGUGAGGUCAACCUUGCCAGUACAGUAGGUAGAAAGGUCAUUGGAUGGCCAUUCAGUCAGUAUUCAGCUCAGGGUUUUCAUGUCCUUUACUAGGUCAUCAUGGGACACCACAUCAACCACCACUGCUGCAUCUCAACUUCCACUUCUAAAGGUGGCCCUAUUUAGUGGUUCCCGUAAACACCUUAUUGUCAAUCCGCCAUGGGUUUUUCAAUGCCGCUUGUUUUGGAAACUAAUUUGAUAUUUACAAUUAGUGAACAAUGAGAGUAGCCAUGCUCUCUAAUUAUGUUGCAUGUAUGACAGUAGUGUUGUUCAGUGUGGGAUAUGAAGUCAUGGAAUACCUCCUUAGUAGACAAACGUUCCAAUCCUUUUCCUUCUCCUUCGAAUCUGCAAAUUCCCACAUAAUCAUAAUCAACUGCAAGGAAAAGAUCCCUGUUCCGUUCCUGCUGAAGUUUUUCAUUCAAAUCCCCAAAUUAUGAACACUAAACCUUUCCCCUUCUCAAUGAUCCAGUCUUCAUUUUGGAUUAGGAGAAAUGCCGUCGUUUUCUGAAGAGUUAAAGAUCAGGGAACCACAAGCCUAAUGCUUUCUCUCUGUGCUGCUUGCACUUGGAUGGAGUCGGUCAGUUUGGCCGAGCUCCGUGGUAUUACAUUCGCUUUCCAAGAAGGCACCCAUUAAUAGCUGGGUUAUUGAGUAUUACAGAACCCCAAAUAUCUUGAUUCAAGGAAAGAUUCUGUUUCAGAAAAGGCCAGUAAUUUGAUAUUUAUUUCUGUAUUAUAUUGUAAAUAUAGAUCCUUUAAAGAAAAAGGGGUGCUGUUGGCUAACGCAGCGCUCCUUGACACUGGCAGCUCUGUUCGAUGGGACUUUAAAGGAUGGAUGGAAACAUGGAUGGAACCAUGCUCAUUACGGUCAAGUCCUUCAACAGUUCCUCUAUUGUACAAAGGGUCGUUGGCUCUCCUGUUAUGUUCUAACUGACACGUUGGAGACAAGGCCAUAAACACUGAACGCUGGGUAUUAAAAUAUGUUUGUGUUUCCUCCUAUAGACAUUUAGCAAGAUGAAGAUUUAGCAAUCUCACUCACUCACGUUGUAUGCCAUAGCAGAAUUACAUUGGCACCGCUCUGUAAGUUGAGCCCAUAAAAUAUGGAGUGAACUAUCCCGUGCUAAUAGGAGUGGUGUUAUUGAACAGUAUAUUACACUCUAUUAACAGUUAAUAAUACAAUUGAAGUCAGAUCCAUCAUCAAGGCAGGGAGGGGCUAUGGAUAGUCAAAGCAGAUUGUCGCAGUAGGGCUGGACAGAGACAUGGAAAAAGACAGGAUAAAUGGCAAGAGAGUGAUACUCAGCAGCAAGGUUUUGAUACAGUGCUGAAUAAUAGGGAUGUAUGGUGGGUUGAUUCCAUCAGUAGGUUAUCACAACCUGUGGGAAGUCAACACCUUGUCAGUUUUAACACUGCUGUCUACUUUGGCCUGUUGCUCACCGGUCAGUUAAGAUUAUUAAUGGCAUCUUCAAUUGGAAGUAGUUGAUGUCAAAAGAACCCUGGUGUUAUUUUAUGUGAAAUGGUAGAUUCUAGGGAGCACCAGGGACAUGCUAAGCCCCUGAGCCUGAGCACCUUCAGCUUUAACAGCCUCAGCCUGAACAGAAGAGCAGAGGGCUUGAUGUUAGUGAUUAUAGUAUGAAAACAGACACCUUUCAACGGCUACACUCAGCAUCAAAGGCUCGUAUAACUGCCCUGCUCUGGUUACUUUCUGUUUAACUUUCCAACCAGUUUGUCACGAUAGGGAUUCAUGCUUUUCAUCUCAAAGAGGUUCUUGUUGUGCUCAGUGAUGAAAUAUUGCAAAAGUUAAAUCACUCUAGCCCCUGGCUCAAUCUUUCCCCUGGAUCAAUCACUCUGUCCCCUGGCUCAAUCACUCUGUCCCCUGGCUCAAUCACUCUGGGCCCUGGCUCAAUCACUGUACCCCCUGGCUCAAUCACUCUGUCCCCUGGCUCAAUCACUCUGUCGCCUGGCUCAAUCAAUCUGUCCCCUGGCUCAAUCACUCUGGCCCCUGGCUCAAUCACUCUACCCCUGGCUCAAUCACUCUGGCCCCUGGCUCAAUCACUCUACCCCCUGGCUCAAUCACUCUGUCCCCUGGCUCAUUGCACAAUAAUGGAAAAUGGUUGCAGCACCGGGGUAGGUGAACCUCUCAGUGCAGAAUGAAAGAAUGCUGCUAUUAUUUCAUACCAACACUAAAAGCCUGGGUUGGGCUGGGGAAUCCACUUUCUAGAAUCUAUUAGAGACUGGAGAACUCAACCCACAGACUUUGAUUCAAUGACAAAGCAAUGCAGUAGUAGUCCAUUCCUUAGUUUUUUGACCAGGUUGCUUUUAGACAAAAAUAUAUAUUCAAUCAUCAGAGAGGAGAAGCUGUCAGGCUAAAAGGCAGUUCUUCUCUGUGACCUACAUUGCAUUGCACCUUUUUUCAUUAGCAGAAGCAGCAGGCAGCAGGCAGCAGACAGACAGACAGACAGGCAGGCAGGCAGGCUGGGAGUUGAGUUAUAGCGCUGAGCCUGACUCCGUGAGUACAGCUCUGGAGAGAGGCACUCCAAGGCACGACCAGGUAGGAGGCGAACGGACUGCAAGGGAAAUGCCGACCAGCUCCAACUGCCUGGUUACCAAGCGAAUGAGAGGGCCGGUGCUUUACGAAGAGGAGAAAACAAACAGGGGUGGAAUGUGGGAGCUGGUGGGGGGUGGUUCCGUCUCUAUUUCCCCUCCCCUGGGCCCAUAGCAAACAGUAUCAUCUCCCCAAGGAAGCACUGUCUCACUCCCACACAGUGGGCUGAUGGGUGUAGAGGGGGAGCGGUGAGAGGUGUAGAGGGGGUGGGCUGAGAGGUGUAGAGGGGGUGGGCUGAUGAGAGGUGUAGAUGGGGUGGGCUGAGAGGUGUAGAGGGGGUGGGCUGAGAGGUGUAGAGGUGGUGGGCUGAGAGGUGUAGGUGGGGUGGGCUGAGAGGUGUAGAGGGGGUGGGCUGAUGAGAGGUGUAGAGGGGGUGGGCUGAGAGGUGUAGAGGGGUUGGGCUGAGAGGUGUAGAGGGGUGGGCUGAGAGGUGUAGAGGGGGUGGGCUGAGAGGUGUAGAUGGGGUGGGCUGAUGAGAGGUGUAGAUGGGGUGGGCUGAGAGGUGUAGGUGGGGUGGGCUGAGAGGUGUAGAGGGGGUGGGCUGAUGAGAGGUGUAGAGGGGGUUGGCUGAGAGGUGUAGAGGGGGUGGGCUGAGAGGUGUAGAGGGGGUGGGCUGAGAAGUGUAGAGGGGGUGGGCUGAGAGGUGUAGACGGGGUGGGCUGAUGAGAGGUGUAGAUGGGGUGGGCUGAGAGGUGUAGAGGGGGUGGGCUGAGAGGUGUAGAGGGGGUGGGCUGAGAGGUGUAGAGGGGGUGGGCUGAGAGGUGUAGAUGGGGUGGGCUGAGAGGUGUAGAGGGGGUGGGCUGAGAGGUGUAGAGGGGGUGGGCUGAGAGGUGUAGAUGGGGUGGGCUGAGAGGUGUAGAGGGGGUGAGCUGAGAGGUGUAGAUGGGGUGGGCUGAGAGGUGUAGAUGGGGUGGGCUGAGGGGUGUAGUGUUGCCGGGGUAGGCCGAGCCAAACAGACGUCUAGCCAGAUAAAAGUGCAAGUCAGCAGGUUCAUUGAAAGCCACUCGAGUGGAACAUUCUAGAUCAGGAGCUGAAGAUGGAAACUACUACGCCCCUAAACAGACCAGCUCCCCCGCCCUGACCAGCCCCGCCCCAGAUCAGACAAGGUCACUGUCAACAGAUCACAUCGCUCCAUAA